AUGACCCUCAAGUAUCUCAUUACCGGUGCUACGGGCGGUCUUGGCUCUCAAGUGCUUUCCUACCUCGUCGCCAACGUCCCCGCAUCAGAAUACGCGGCCGCUUCUUCAAGCGAAGCAAAUCGCAAGCGAUUUGAAGACAAGGGAAUCGCAUUCCGGGUGGUCAACUACGAAGAUCCCGAGGGCCUGGAGGCCGCUUUCCAAGAUGUUGAGAACCUGCUGUUUGUGAGCACCAAUACGUUUGACGUCGCGAAGCGGGAGAAACAACAUCAAAACGUUGUCGAUGCGGCGAAGAAGAUGAAUGUCAAGCAUGUCUGGUAUACGUCCCUCGCGUUUGGCGGGUUCGGGUCCUCCGAUGCAGAUGUGCAAAGUGCCCAUUUGCUGACCGAGGAGAUGCUGCGCAAGUCUGGCCUCAAUUACACCUCCAUGCGCGAGGGCCUUUACACCGACGCAUUCCCCGUCUUUAUGAACUGGUAUCCCAGCACUUCGGUCAUGCAUCUAACGACUGACGGGCCUAUUGCCUUUACCCUGCGUGCAGAGCUGGGCGAAGCCACCGCCCGAUUGAUGAUUCGAGGCGGUCACAACAAGCAGAUUGUUCUCCUAACAGCUCAGGAAACCAUCACUUUCUCGGAGGUCAUCGAUGUUAUCAACGAGACCACGGGUCGAAACGUGCGGGUCGAGUUCGUUUCCCCGGAGGAGUUUGUGCGAUUGAAGGCUACCGAUGACGAAGGCGGGAAACCAGAGGCAUUUUUCCAGAAGCUGGUGUCGUGGCAUCAGUCGAUUGGCAAGGGAGAGGCUGCGACGACGGAUCCGUUGAUGGCGGACUUGCUGGGGAGAGAGCCCACCCCGGCCCGAGAGGCGAUCCGGGGAUUUUUGAGGGAGAAUCGCGACUAUGAGUGGCAUCAGAACUAUGUGAAUCGAGGUUAG